AUGGAAAAUAAUCAAUCAUUGCAAGAAUCUGAAAAAUCAAACUUUUAUAAUACAAAAAUAAAGACUCUGUCCAAUGAAAAUGUAAGGAAUUGCACAAAUACUGAAAAUAAGAUCUUACAGGAUAAAAUACACCAAAAGAAAUGUCUAGAAAAGAAGGCAAAAUUAUGUAUGGUAGAAAAUAAAAGUAUGAAUUUAAAUCAAAUUUCAAAUAAUCAAGAAAAAAUAAAUGAUAGAAAUGCAACAAAUGAAAAAAGAAAAUUUUUACUAAAUAAUUCUAAUGAUUUUAAGGAUAAAUGUGUAGGUAUUCAUGAUUUAAAAGUGUUACAUGAAGGAGAUAGCUAUAACACAAGAAAUUAUGAUAUUGUAUAUAAGAAUUACAAUAGCAAUAUAGAAAAUAUUGAAAGUAGUAAUAACAAUUUUCAUAAUAAUAAUAACAACAAUAAUGAAAAUUUUAUUAACAAUAUUAGUAAUAAGCAUAAUGAUGAAAUUGAUUGUAUCAACGAAAGUAAUUAUAAUAGUAAGAACAUUUGUUUUAAUAAAAGCAAUAAUUAUAAUGUUAUAUAUAAUGAUACAAAGUUUACAAUUAGUUCUGAUUUAAUCAUUAACCAAGGUAAGAAAUGCCAAAAGAAUAAUAAAAAAAAAAAUAACAGCUUAAAUAAAAAUAGCAAUCCUAAAAAGUUUGUAGAUAGCAAUUUAAAUUUUAAUAAUUUUAGUAGCUCUAAUGAUGAAAAUCAAGAACAAACACUUAGUAGUAUCAUUAAUAAUGAAAAUAAUAAUAAUAAUAAUAAUAAUAAUAGUGAUAAAAAGAUUAUUAAUAAUAAUAUUCAUAUCAAUAAUGGUAAUAAUAUUUUGAAUCCUAAUACUGAGAGUUUCAAUAAUUUUAGUGUUAAUGAUGACAGUAAAUAUAGUGAAAAUACAGCACAUGUUUUAAAUGAUACGCACUUAUAUAAAGAGAAUUUGAUUUAUAAUAACAUUCCUAAAAAUUCAACUAAUUAUAAUGUAAAUAAGGAAAUAGAUAAAAUUUUAAAGAAUCAAAUAAAUGAAGAUAAAAAUAUAAUAUAUAAUAUAGAUGAAAAUGCAAAAAUGAAGAUAUAUUGUUCUAGUUCUAACGAAAUAAAUAAUUAUAAUAAAUUCAAUAACCAUGAAAAUAAGAGGGAAAAUAAUUUAAGCGAUAAUAUUAAAGAGAACAAUGCUAGCAAUCCUUUUUUAUCGUCAACUAAUUUUAAAAUAAUUAAUUCUUUCAAUAAUUCAGAAGCCGAAUGCCAUGAUAAUUAUAAUCUUGAAAAGAAUUAUGAUUUUAGUAAUUAUAGUAAAAUAAAAGAAAAGAAUGAUAAAGAAUUAAUAUUUACUUCAUAUAUGGAUGCAAAUAAAUUUGAAGUUGAAUCUAACAAUAUAGAAAAUGAGAUAAAUGCCGAAAGUAAUUAUAUGAAUAAUAACUCCGUCAGGAAAUUAUCAUGUGUGUUAUAUGAUAAUACUGUAAAUGAAAAUGAUAUUCAAAAAAAUAACACAGAUAUAUCAAAUGCAGAAAAUAAAAAUUACUUAAAUUCUCCAAAUAGCAAUGAAAAAGAAUUAAAUUUUUUAAAAGAAUAUAAUUUUUCUGUUUUAGAUUACUUGAACAAUUACAAAAAUAUUUAUAACAAGGACAAUAAAGAUAAUAACAACAAUGUGGAUAAAAUUAAUGUUGAUUUUAAUAUAAUAAAUGAGGAUGAAAGUGAAAGUAAAAGUGUAUAUACUGUUGAAAAUAUGAAACAAGAAGAUUAUGAUUCAUACAAAUCAAAAUUAUUUGAAAGUGUGCUUAAAAAUAAUAAUAAGAAUAAUUAUGAAGAGCAAGAAAAAAGCAAUUAUAUUAGCCAAAAACUUAAUAAUGAGUAUAUAAUAAAAAGCAAUAAUAAUGAUUUUAACAUUAAAAAUUUGAAUAACUCUAAAGAAAAUUCUAGAAGUUACAGCAUUUGUUCUAAUAGUAGUAAGAACGAAAAAUGUAUGGAUGGUUUUAUAAGUAAUUUAAAUAAAUAUAAUAGUGAUUUAUUUAAUUUUGGUUGUAAAAUGAAUGGAAAUGAAAAUUCAGAUAUUAAAAAAUAUGACAUCAAUAAUAUAAUAUAUAAUAAUUUUGAUAAUGAUAUGACAGUGAAUAAGAAUAUAAUCUCUGGAAAAAAUGAAAAUUUGAAAAUUCAUUUAAAUUGCAAUUCAAAUAAUAUAGAAACAAACAUCACUUUUGAAACUAAUAGAAAUAUUAAUUUUGAUAAUAAAGCAAUAGAUCAUUCAAUGGAUAGUAAUGAAGAAAGAGAAGAAAACUGUGAUGAAAAUAAUACUUUAAAUAAUAAUAUAAAUGAUAUUUUUAUUGAAAACAAUAAUUUUAAUGCAAAUAAGGAUAUUUAUAAUUUAACUUACGACAGUUUAAAUAACAGUAAUAAUAAUAGCAAUAAUGACAACAAAUGCAUCUAUAGAAUAAAUGGUAAUACUGGUAGUGAUGUGAUUAAUAUUAAUAACAACAAUCUUUUAGGUUCGCAUUCUUGUAAAAUAUCAAUUGAUAGAAAUAAAAAUAUGAUCAGUGAUAUAAAUAAUGAUGAUACAUGUAAUGUUCAAAAAGAAGUAAGAAGUAAAAAUAAACAAGAAAAUUUUAAUGACAUCAAUUCUAUAUAUAGUUCUAUAAAUAGCAACAACAAUAUAAAUGAUAAUUUAUAUAGGAAGCAAAAUUAUAUAGGUUAUAAAAACAUUUUAUAUAAUGGUUGUUUUAAAUGUGAUGACAUUCAUUCACAAAGUUAUAGGAAUAGUAACAAUAAUAAUAAUAACACUAAUGAUGAUAACUUUAGAAGUAUUGAAUAUAAUCAUAAUUACGAUGAGAAUAAUGUUAAAAAUGAUAAUGAUAAUGAUAAUGACAAUAAUAUUGAUAAUAAUAAUAAUAAUAAUGAAAAUAAUAAUAAUGAAUGUAAUGUAAGUUAUAGAAAUGAUGAUGUUAUUGAUAUUAAUGUUAAUAAAAUUCUUAAUAAUAGCGAUAAUAAAUAUAAUAAUGCAAUUAAAUUAAUAUUAGAAAAAAAAUUUCUAAAAGAAAAUGUGGCAAAUAAAAGUAUAGGAAAUGAUAUAAUGCAUUACAAUGCAAACAAUAGUAUGAUAAAUAAUAAUUUCAAUUUAUUCUUAAAUAGUGCUGAAUUAAGUUAUAAUAAUUUAUCUGCUAUUAAUGAAAUUAUUGAUAAUAAUAAUAAUGGAAAUACAAUUAAUGAUAUAAAUAAUAAUACAUACAACUGUAUGAAUGAAAUUGAUAAUUUAUCAGAUGGAAAUCUAAAUAAUAAAAUAGAAAAUAAUUUUAGUGAUAAUUCUUAUAAUGUAAAUAAAAACGACUCUUUUAUGAAAUAUAUAAAAAAAUUUCUUGAAAAAAAUUAUAUAAAUGAUCAAAAAAACUAUAUGAAUUUAUAUUAUAAAACUAGCGUAAAUAAUAAUUUCACAGAAAAUAAUAAUAGGUCAAUUGUAAAUAAUGAAGAUGAUUAUAAAAAUAUAUUGAAUAAUAUUUUUAAUAAUAAAAAUAUGAGUAUAAAUGAUAAUAUUAGAAAUAUUAAUGAUUCUAUUAGUUAUAACAAUCAAAGAAAUGAUAUUGUGAAUAAUAGCAGUUAUAACAUUGAUAUGAAUAAUAUUAACAGUACAGUAAAUAUUAAUAAAUUUGACGAUAUUAAUAACAAUAUUGAUGAUAUCAAUAAAACUAAUGAUAUUAAUGAUUCUAAUAAAAUUAAUGAUAUCAGUAGUAUUAAUAAUAUUCACAAUACUAAGGAUUUUGAUCAUGCAAACAGCUUUAACUAUAUUAGUGGUAUUACUGAUGUACAUAAUGUAAAUGUACCUACAAAAAAAAAAGAUAAUUUUGAAUAUUCUAGUCUUUAUAAUGUAAUGAAUAAUAUAAGAAGUGAAAAUACAUGCUCGAAAAAUAGAUUUAAUGUAAAUAACACCAAUGAUAAACAAAAUCAUGUUAUGACUAGUGUUAAUUAUCAUCUAAAUGAUUAUAAAGACUAUAAUAUAAAUGAUAUAAAAAAUGAAAAUAAAAACAUUAAUAUUAUCAAUUCAUUUAAUAUUGUUAAUUUAAAUAAUAAUGGUAAUGAUAAUGGUAAUAUAAAUUCUGUAUAUGAUAAUUGUAGAAAAAAUGAAAUAUAUAAUAGUAAACAUGAAUAUAAUUUGAAUGAUGAAACUUCUAUAUAUGUAAAUAAUAGUAUAGAAGAGAAUGCAGAAAGAUAUUUUAUGAAUGAUAUGAAAAAUGCUGAUAAUAAUUUUAAAAAAACGCUAUUAAAUGAUUAUACAAAUACUAUGAACAAUUUAGAUAUAAUAAAUAAAUUAAGUAAAUAUGUGGAGAAUAAGUUUAUAAAAAAUUAUUAUAAUUAUAAAGAAAAUAUGAAUUAUUACAACAAUAUAAAAAAUGAAAACUUAGGCAUUUUGCAUAAAUUAUCUCAAUAUCCUUUGUUAAAAGAAAAUAAAAAUAUCGUGAAUUCUAAAGAAGUUGAAAUAAGAAACGAGAACAUUUUAUUCUUAGAUAUGAAUGAAAAUACAAAUAUGAAUAAUUACUCUUAUAAUAAACAAUAUAAUAAUUCAAAAGUAAAUGGUGAUGAGAAGAAUAAGAAUUUAAGUGAAGAUAUAUACAAUAACAGUACAAGCAAUUUUUUAAAUGAACAUAUUAUAGGAAGAACUAUAAAUAGAAAUGAAGUUAUUAAUAAUGUAGAAAAUGGUAAUCAUACAAGUAAUCAUGCAGAUAAUUAUAAUAGUUUUGAUUUACCAAAUUGUGAUAUAUCUAUUGCAUCCAACUUUAAGCAUAAAACAAAAUUAAAUAAAAACAAUGAUAUGCAUGAAAAAAAUUUCAAUAAUAGUUUAGAAAAUAAUGAAGAGAACAGCAUGCUAAAUAAUACAAUGCAUAAUAACUCCCUAAACAAUACAAGGAUUGGAAAAAAUUAUUUAAGUAAUUCUAUAAAUAAAAAAGGAGAAUCAUCUCAAAAAAAGAAAGUAGAUGAAAAAAUUAUGAAUCUUCUUAUUAUGAACAGUAAUAGGAAAUCCAAAAUUCCAAUAAAAGGAAAUAACAUUGAAAAAUCAAAAAUUUCAAACAACAAAAGUACGAAUUCUGUUAAUUAUUUUCUAAGUGAAGUUUUAUCUGAUAAUAAUAGUAACAAUAAUAAUAAUAAUAAUAAUAAUAAUAAUAAUAAUAAUAAUAAUAAUAAUAAUAAUAAUAAUAAUAAUAAUAAUAAUAAUAAUAAUGGUAAUAAUAAUAAUAAUAACAACAAUAAUAAUAGUAAUGAUAAUAAUAAUAAUAUGAGUAACAAUAUUGAUUAUUCUAAUAAUAAUAAUAAGAGUAAUAAUAAUAAUAAUAAUAAUAAUGAUAAUGAUAUUAAUAAUAAUAAUAAUGAUAAUAAUAAUAGUAUGAGUAACAACAAUAUUGAUUACUCUAAUAAUAAUAAUAAUAAUAAUAAUGGUAAUAACAAUAAUAAUAAUAAUAAUAGUAAUGAUAAUAAUAAUAAUAAUAGUAACAGUAAUGAUAAUAAUAAUAAUAGUAACAGUAAUAAUAAUAAUAAUAAUAAUAAUAAUAAUAAUAAUAAUAAUAAUAAUAAUAAUAAUAAUAAUAAUAGUAACAGUAAUAUUAAUAAUGAUAGUGUGAGAAAUAUUUUAAAAAAAAACAACAGUAGCAAUAAUAUUAACAAUUUAAAUAUUGAUAUAAAUAAUUAUUCAAUGAAUAUAACAAAAAAUAUCAAUAUAAAAAAGGAUUUGAAUAAUAACAAAAAAAUAGUAGCGUUUUAUAAAACCUCAAAUAAUUGUUUGGAAACCUUUGAAAACAAUUUAAAUAUUAAAAAUUCGAGCUUUAAGGAAAAAGUAUGCAAUGAUUUAGAAAAUACUUUGAGUUCUAUGAGAUCAAAAAAAAUAUAUAAUUAUAACUUAAGUAAUAAUACCGGAAAUAACAGCGUUUACAAUUACAAUUCAUUAAAUUUUAUGAAUUAUAAUAAUUUAACGGAAAGUGAGAAAAAUAAAAUUAAACAAUCAAAUUUAAGAAAUAGUAAUGACUUGAAUUUAUCUAAUAAUUAUGAAAUGAAAAUUAAAAAAUCAAAUAACAAUAAUAGUAAUAAAAAUGAUAAAAUAAAUACAUUAAAAAUAAUUGAUUAUAAUUAUGCUAAAAGUACAUCUACAAGAUGCGCUUCGGAUGCUACUAUAAUAGAUUCACACAAUUUAAAUAAUUUACAUUUAAGAUUAAAAAAUUCUAAUAUUUCAAAUUAUAUAAAUAAUUCUAAAAAUUUUGAUAAUAAUCUAAAAUAUGUUAGCAAAAUAAAUGAUGAUAAUAAUAGCAUAAUCGAAAAAUUAAAAACGUAUGAUAAAAUUAAAUACGAUAUGAAAUUAUCAAAUAAUAAUUCAAUGUAUGAUCAUAUAAAAAAUAAAGAAAAAAUUAAUAAUAGAUAUAAAACAUCUAAUAGCAAUAUUACUGAAAAUAAAAGUCUUACAUUAUAUGAAGAAAAGGAAAAAAUAUCCAAGAAUGACAAUAAACUUAUAGAGAAAUCGAAUAAUAAUAAUAAAAAUUAUAAUCUUAUGAAAAAUCAUUACUUACCAAAUGAAGUAUCGGAUAAUUUUUUAGUUAUUAAAAAAUACACAGCUAAGUAUGAAGUUCAAAUUGAUCCUUAUAAUGGUUUUGAUAUAGCCAAAAGAAUAAUAGGAUUAAAAGGAACUAAUAUGAAAAAGAUUUGUAUUGAUACUGAUUGUAAAUUGAGAUUAAGAGGUAGAGGCUCUGGAUAUUUAGAAGGAGAAGAAAAAAAAGAAGCAAACGAAUCGUUACAUUUAUGUGUAUCUUGCCAAAAAUAUGAUCAUUAUGUUUUAGCAAAAAAAUUAAUUGAACAAUUAUUAGUAAAAAUAUAUAUGGAUUAUGACACAUGGCUUUUUAAUCAUGGUAAGCCUUAUGCAAAUUUAAAACCGAAAACUUAUGAAAAAUUUAUUCCAUUAUUUAAAUUUCAAUCCAAUUCAAACCCAAAACAAAACCCAAGUCAUAAUUGA